AUGCGUAUGGAAAACAGCAAUCAAGGAGAAGAGAAGAUGGAGGGCAAUAAGGACUUAUUGGAUUUGGGAGCGGUGGUGAAAACGGUGGGUGAGGCGGAGGAGUUGGCCAGACGGCUGUUCAUGUCCAACUUGACGGACAAAGAACAUGACAUGAUUGUCAACGAAACAUUCUCUCCAACAAUAGCCAAGAAAAAGGUGAUGACGACGUCAAGACUGAUCUACUCCGACGUAAUCACAAAUGACGAAAUACAUGAUGCAACAAUAACCGGGAUUGAAGAAGCUCUUUUUGGGAUAAAACAUUCCGGGUGGAGUUGUAAGGCUCACCCGACAGACGACAGAAAAACGGCGAAUGCAGGUACUCUCUCGGAAGAUAAUAAAGGCCAUUUGGCUGACAAAUCAGCCAAGAAAUCCACUGGUCCAUUUCGGUCGGUAGGGAAGCCUUCUGCCAAGUAG